AUGCACAGUGACUACGCAGUCGCGUGGAUAUGCGCCUUGCCACUUGAGAGGGCGGCAGCAGAGGUCAUGCUGGAUGAGAUCCACGAACCUCUUCCUCAGCCUCACACGGACUCGAAUGCCUACGUACUGGGUACAUUAAACGGACAUCAUGUUGUUAUUGCUUGUUUGCCAACUGGCGUUUAUGGGACCGUAUCCGCUGCAACUGUUAUGGCCCAUUUAAUUUCAACUUUUCGUCAUAUCCAGUACGGACUCAUGGUGGGGAUUGGAGGAGGGGUACCGAAUAAUACCAAUAACAUCCACUUGGGGGAUGUGGUCAUCAGUAAGCCAACGGGGCCAAACAGUGGUAUCAUUCAGUAUGAUUACGGGAAGGCAGUUCGAGGAGGGCGAUUCGAGCAAACUGGGAUGUUGAACUAUCCACCGCAAGUCUUGUUAACGCACAUGGGUGGCCUCCAGGCGAGGGAGAUGACUCAAGCCAACAGUCCUCUCGCAGGCAUAGUACAGGAUGUACUGGAGCGAAACCCAGGUAUGAAGGGGAAAUUCGCAGUCCCGAAUCUGGACACGGACUACCUCUUUCAGUCCUCAUACCACCAUAUCGAAAAUGAAAGCAACUGUGAGAAGUGUGAUAAAAGCCAACUAGUUGAACGACAGGAGCCCGAUUCCAGAGCACCCCAAAUCCAUUAUGGUUUAAUUGCGUCUGGAAAUCAGGUCAUGAAGGACCCUGAAGUACGGGACCGUGUAGCCAAAGAAUUGGGGAUCAUUUGCUUUGAAAUGGAAGCAGCUGGGAUUGCAAAUCAGCUCCAAACACUUGUCAUCCGAGGCAUAUGCGACUACUGCGACUCCCAUAAACUCAAAGAGUGGCAAGGAUACGCAGCACUCACCGCAGCGGCUUAUACAAAGAUGCUCCUAUCAGUGGUUCCAGUUCGCCCUAAUGUUAACUUG